AUGCCUCGAAGCAAUAAGAAGUGGUGCGCUCAUCCGAUCUCUCACCAAGGUUCAAGAAAGUUGGGUCCGGGCGCUCUUUGUCCACGUGGAGAUCGACCGAUUGACAGUGAUUUGGAUGCAUUUAUCACGCAAGAAUAUUAUCAAGCGGAUGCGAUUGUUGGAUUUGCUCUAUGUGACGGCGAACUUCUGCGCCGAACUUGUUAUGAGACAGAAACCAGUCGGUUUCAUACGCAUUUGGGCGUGCAUGUGAGUUCUCCAUCAGUCGAUUCACCAAUAUCUGCAGGAGGUCAUAGCAUGAUAGAGAGUGUCGAAAUGAGAUACAAAUUCGAACAGGCCAAAGAACUGCUGAAUCAAGUGUUUGAUGCACUGGGAAUUGCGAAGAUUAGAGAUGUACGACAGACAAAUCAAUUGGACAAACAAGUGACGACGGCUAUCGAGCUGAUUCGGUCUGCGGCAGAAGCCUUGCGACACGUUCAAGACGUCGCCCAGCUUCCAAGUCAUUCAUCGCCUAAACUCGCUGACAAGGAAUAUCUUCUCGAUGGUUCCAAGUGUUUAAUUAAAUCUAGUGACCCAGAUGAACAGAUUCGUCUUCUCACCUUAGCUCCACCUGAAUGGGGAUGUGUAAAAGUGGAAGAAUACUUCGAAAUCUCUCGCUAUCUGGCUCAAAAGAGCAUCUCUCUUCGUGUGUCUUACGGCAGGUUGGCCGUACCUGUCGACUGGCGCGGCAACACCUGUCUUGAACCGCUCCUUGUUCAGGAAAUCAUCGACUUCUACAAUGAUGAUGCCAUCAGCCGUCAGUCUCCUAAUAAACGUGAUGUGAUACACAUUCAAAAGAAUCCCAUUGCCAUUCGACACAUGUCAAUGACUGUAGGCCAAGCCUAUCAACUCUUUGUCCAACAGUUACAAGCGAAGCAGGGAACAAAUUCUGUGAAAAAAUCGAGCUUUUAUAACCUACGCCCAAAAUGGAUUAAAAUUAAGAAGCCACAUGAUGUUUGUACCUGCAUCUAUCAUGAGAACUUUGAAUUACACAUUCAGAGUUGGAACAACCUGGGUGUUAACACUAUGGAUAUGAAAAGUCUCAUUGCUGAAUGCGUAUGUUUUUCGCAAACAGAAACGUGCUAUUUCCGAGAAUGUGAUGACUGCAAGUGGUUGCAGCCUGGUGGAUUUCUGUUUAGUGAGCUUGUGUGUUGUCAAAAUGUGACAAUCGAUGAUAGUGUAGCUUGGAUGACGUGGAAAUCAGCUGUAUCGUCAAAGAGAGUGGUUGACGCUGACGACGAGCCGACCUCAGUUGCAAAGAUCUCAAUGCAGCGUGUCAGCGGCUCGAUUCGUGAUCUGCUUGACGAGUUCGAUGUCAAGUGGACAAAAUUUGCUAUCCACCACUACUGUACUCGUCAACAGCAAGAGUACAUUAAAAAGAUUAAAGAAGAAGCUUGUUCGAAUGCAACAGCGGUGGUCCAAAUGGAUUUUGCAGAAAAUCCUGCGCUGAUUGUUCAGCACGAGAUCCAGCAAGCUAAUUGGACAACUCCACAAGCCACCAUUUUUACGGUACACAUCACUGUAGACAAGACCAUUCAACAUAGCCUCGCUUUCGUCAGCGAUCAUCUUGAUCAUAAUAUUGAUUUCGUUCAUGCUGCUCAAAAGGUAAUUGUUCAGUUCAUUCGUGAUCGCUAUUCUGCUGUAAAAAGAGUUAAUUAUGUCACUGAUGGAGCUCCUCAGCACUUCAAGAGCAAUAAAUCAAUGCUGAAUUUAACUUAUCACGAGAGUGCCUUCGGAAUUCCAGCCGUCUGGACUUUUUCUGCUACAGCACAUGGAAAAGGUCCAGUUGACGGAAUCGGAGCAGCUUUGAAAUACCGUGCAACUCGUAGAGUACUCAGUGGACGACGAACAGAUACCAUUUUAACCCCACAAGAGCUUUAUCAAUUCGCCUCACCGAUACCAAGAUCAAUGUGCUUUAUCUUAGUCGGCAAGAUAUACAGCUAA